GUAGGCAGCUUCUGAUAUGUUGGUGUUGUCGUAGUAGCCGAAGCUUGUAUUCGCCUAUCUUGCGUACAUCUAACAUAUACUAACUGACUAGCUAGCAAUAUGUUAUCUAUAUUUUCUAAGGGAGCUAUCAAACCAAACUGAGGUCGAAAGUAGCUACAAUUGGUACAUUUCGGAAUUACCAUUUCCUGUCAUUUUGAUAGGCAUUUCCUGUUGCGAAAUAGCUAGGUAGCGGUUCGUGGCAGUAAGCUAGCUGACGUUGGCUAAUUGGUAGCCUAGCUGGCUAGCUAGCUAGAUGAUGAAUUGUAGCAGACUUGGAAAUAAUCAUUCUUUGCUGAACGACAUUAAAUAUGGAAGGAUCGUGUAAUAUUGGCACGUUUUACAUGGGAUAUAUUACAACGGACAUAAUUUUUACAGGAUAACCUUAGCUACAUGAAAUGUCAUAACGUUAAGCUAGCCGCGGAGAUGGAGGGACCCACAACCCCCUGAAUAGCUGCACUGAUGGAGAAAUGUCCUCCUCCAAGAUGAGCAAGUCGAAUACUGCGCAAGGUUUAGCGGAAAUAUAUUAGCAUCUAUCUUAGCUAUAUUAGUCUGUCAAGCAAAUGGGAGACUGGUUAUUCGGAGUUAACUCAUAAUUGACAGCUAACGUUAGCUGCUGGUGAAGAAAUCACUGCUGUUUUUGGCAUCUGCACACAACAAAACUGGUUUUGUCAGACAAACCUUAGGCCUUGUCCAGAAAACAAAGUUAAUUUGUGAAACUGACAUCGCUGGAAAUAAGGACAUUUGAGCUUUCUGCGUCGUCAUUUGAGCAUUCUGCGUCGUUUUGAUUGAAGUGAGGAUAAUAGUUCCUCAUCAUCUGACUGAUAGUUAUCAUGAGGAAGUUCUUUGAUUCAUCUCGUCGGGAGUUGGUCAGUUCUGGACCUGGUUCUGGAGGAGGUAGCAGUGGAUCCAGCCAUGUAGGUGGCAAUUUAAUUGGACGUUCAUGUACUAUAGGUCGACACCAAGUCACUAUUGAAGAAACAGUGGCCGAAGGGGGGUUUGCCAUCGUGUUCCUGGUACGAACCAGCCAAGGACUCCGCUGUGCCCUCAAGAGGAUGUAUGUCAACAAUGAGCACGACCUGCAGGUGUGCAAGCGAGAGAUCCAGAUCAUGAAGGACCUGGUCGGCCAUAAGAACAUCGUUGGCUAUCUGGACUCUAGUAUCACCACUUGUGGAGGAGGAGAUGUGUGGGAAGUGCUCAUCCUCAUGGACUACUGUAAAGGGGGCCAGGUGGUGAACCUGAUGAACCAGCGUCUGCAGACAGGCUUCACAGAGGCAGAGGUGCUGCAGAUCUUCUGUGACACAUGUGACGCCGUGUCUCGACUGCACCAGGGCAAGACGCCCAUCAUCCACAGGGACCUCAAGGUGGAGAACAUCCUGUUACAUGAUAAAGGCCACUAUGUGCUCUGUGACUUUGGCAGUGCUACCAAUAAGUUCCAGAACCCACAGAUUGAAGGAGUGCCAAUAGUCGAUGACGAAAUAAAAAAGUACACCACUCUGUCAUAUCGUGCCCCUGAGAUGGUAAACCUUUACAACAGCAAGAUUAUCACUACUAAAGCUGACAUAUGGGCGAUGGGCUGUUUGCUGUAUAAGCUGUGCUACUUCACUCUACCGUUCGGGGAGAGUCAGGUGGCCAUCUGUGAUGCCAGCUUCACCAUUCCUGACAAUUCCCGCUACUCCUACAACCUGCACUGCCUCAUCCGGUACAUGCUGGAGCCCGACCCUGACAAAAGGCCUGACAUCUACCAGGUGUCCUACUUUGCUUUUAAAUUGGCUCGUCGGGAUUGCCCUGUUCAGAAUGUGAAGAACUCUCCAAUUCCUGCUCAACUCCCUGAGCCAAUCAAAGCCAGUGAGGCAGCUGCAGCGAAGAAGAGCCAGAGCCAGACACAGAGUAAGGCCAGGUUGACAGAUCCUGUCCCCACCACUGAGACCUCCAUCACGCCCCGGCAGAGGCCCAAAGCUGGCCAUGCCCAGCCCAGCGCUGGCAUCCUACCCAUUCAACCGGCUGCCCUCACCCCUCGGAAACGGGCCAAUCUCCCUGCCCUUCCUCUAGGAGUCAACUUAAACCUUGCCCAGCAAGCGGCAGCCCUCCAAUCACAGAAGGCACAGACCACAGCUCCGCCUCAGCCAGUGACCGGCCGUUCACAGAACCCUCCUAGUCAGGCCACACUUCAGCUGGGUGGAAAGCCCCAAGCUGGUACUCAGCAGAAGCAGCCAGGGCAACUGCAGCAGCAGCCAAUCGCGGCAGCAGGAGCAGCAGUCACCGCAGCAGGGGGAGGAGUCCCACCUGUGCAGGCCAAGACGGAGGCCCCGAGUGCCCCACUACAGGCCGUGCCUCCCUCGCUGGCCAGUCCCACCCCCCAGAAGGCCCAGGUCCCGUCUAGCCCAGCCCCACCCAAAGCCCCAGCACGUCGUAAGCAGGCCGGCCAGAGCCAGGCCCAGCAGCAGCCAACCGCUCAGCCCACUCCAGCCCAACCUCCGGCUGCACAGCAGCCUACAGCUCCGCAGCAACCAGUUCCUCUACAACCAGUUGCCCAGCAACCAGUGGCCCAGCUAGAAGUGGCCCAGCAGCCACCUGCCCAGGCCCAGUCCAUCCCUGCUAAAACCAGUCAGAACACAGCUGAGACAGAGACGACUUCUCUUCCUGCUCUGUCCAAGACUCCGCCCCGCUCUCCAAAGGCUGCAGAGCGCACCCCGAGUGACUUUACCCAGAAUUGGGUCGGUGGGCUACCUGGAAGUGACUCCACCCAGCCACUGCAAGAGGCCACAGCAGAAGAUGGCCUCAACCAGUUAAUAUCUGUUGGUACAAUUCCACCCAAUUCUACCCAGUCCCUUCAGCAGAGUAUGUGUGAACCAGCCCAGGAUGGCAACUUUGCUGCCUUUGCCCCUUCCCCUGCCUCUGCCCCUGGCCCUCCCAUCGGCUCCCUCAGUCAGCCUGCCUGGAACCCUUUUGGGGAUGAUGACUUCUCCAAUCUCAGUGCGGAGCAUCUGAUUAACAAAGACUUGGUUGACGAACAGACUGAUGACGUGUCUGCAGAGGUAGAGACGGCCCCCACAGAGGACCUGAUACCUGGCCUGCUAGAGGUCUCCUCCCCUGGGGAAACGGACCCCCAAUCUGCUGUAGAGCAAUCUGAAGACCUCCUUGGCCUGGAUACAGGAGAGUCUUUGUUGACUGUUCCGGUCCCGUUCAGCGUCCUAGCACUCUCAGACACUCCAGAGAAGCUUAUUGAGGGACUGAAGUCCCCAGAUACACACCUCCUGCUCCCUGACCUCCUGUCCAUGGCUGAUCCUUUUAGUGGAACUAUGGAGGAGGCUGUCAAUGUAGUGGGUCCAACAGAGGAGUCUCUGGUGAGUCUGGACUUUCUGAUCCCUGGUCUGGAAGCUCCUGUGUCCCAGUCUGAGACAGACUCUGCACUGCUUCCUGACCCCCUGCUUGGGGAAGACACUCUGCUGGGCUGCUCUCUCAUCUCUCCCCCCUCUGGAGCCUCCUCUCUCUCCUCUGCUCCCGCUACCACUGGCACUGGGUCUGUUCUGGAUGAGUUUGACCUGGUAUCUGCGGGUUGCACCCAGCUGCUGGCAGACUCCUCUGAUCUCCUGAUCUCAGGCUUUGAGCCUGCGCCAAGUGCAGAGACGAGCAAUGAGGAUGAGUUUGACCCCAUCCCUGUCAUGGGCUCCAAAAACUCCUCUCAAGUUUCAGGAGGCCACUCUCGCAGUAACAGUGGCAGCUCUGAGUCCAGCCUGCCCAGCCUGGCCCGCUCCCUGCUCAUGGUGGACCAGCUCAUCGACCUGUAGAGGGCGCUGGGGAGCCGGGACACUAAAUAGAGAGUGGGGGGGGGGGGUGGAGGGAUGAGGUAGAAGUAGUGACGCUCGAGAGGAGAGUAGACCCCACCAUUAAUCGUUACACCCCCGUUCCACUAUUCGUUCCCGUGACUAACGCUUGUUCCAUGUAAACUCCACCUGUGAUUCCAAACACACUGGGCCAUUGUCCUGUUCGUGUUUGUCCCAUCAUGCCUCUGGUAUUGAUUCCCAUCAUGCCUCUGGUAUUGAUUCCCAUCAUGCCUCUGGUAUUGAUUCCCAUCAUGCCCACCAUUUUUCUUCUUCUGCCCUCUCAUUUCAUGCUUUCACAGCAUUUAUAUUCUCUUGCCCUUCUGGGGUCAUCAUGGCAAACAAGGUCACGGCAUGCUGCUUCUACCUGUUGCGUUCAUGACACACUAACUUCAUCCAAGAGUUGUUCUUUCUGUAGAAUGUUUCGCCAUGUUUCAUUCCUGUCUCUGGUAUGUCUAGGAACAGUGUCCAGUCAUACGGCAUUGUGUCCUAUAAGAAACCAGAGAACUCCACUCUUGUAGUUGUUGCCUAGUUGUUAUGGUGCACAAGUAGAUGUUGUCUCCAUUCUCCACUGUUAUAUUUCACUUGGAUUAUUAUUUGUUUGCGCACAUUUGGUAACACCAAUAUCACACCAUUGAUUUAUUGUAUAUUGUAGACAAAAAAAAUAUUUCAAGGGUAUAUCUGCCAAUUUAAUGAUCUACCUUUCAGUGGCGUGUUGUCAGGGCUUGCGUUUUAGCCCUUAGCAUGAGGUAUCAUAGCCUGCAGGUGGGAUGGAUGGGAUGUCAGAUCUAAAAUUACUUGAACAGUCCACCAGCUGUUCCAGAGGUUGAGCCUUCCUUAUCUGUGGAAAUUAGCGAAUAAGUUCUUCAAAAAGCGAAUGCGUUCGCACCAACAUAAGGCUUUAAGCCUACAAUAACAGAAAUGUGGAGCUAACAUUCCCAAAAGAAGAAGCUAAGAUGUGAAAACACGAGCUUGGCUAGGGAUUCGGCUGCACGUCGACACCGUUGAUGCUUUUCCAAAGCAUUUAUUUGCUCGUUUUUCUUUUCUUGACCUCUUUAGUCUGACUACAAUGUAUACAGACAGUCCAUAUCACCCCUUUCAUUUCAGGCUGUAUGUGCCCACGCAAUCAUUCCCUUCAAACGUGCAUUCCCACAAAACGUCCAUUCCUACUUGUACAUAGGUCCUAUAUCAUAGUCAUUUAUCGGCCCUACAUACUGUAAAUGUAUGUUUACCUGCAAUACCCACGGACUCUGAUCCAGUGGUCUUUACGUUUUGGUUCCUCAAAAAGUAAUUGGUCAAGUGUGCUCUGUUCCUCAUCUGUCAUCAUAGCGUUACAUUGUGAAAAAAAAUAUAUAUAGAAAAGUUAAUUUCAUAUGUAACUAAUAUUAAAUGUGAGUAUGAAUAGUGUUAGAGAAUGAAUGUAUGAACUGAAUAUUAGUCUAUAAAUAAAAAUGGAUAAUAUAUAAAUAUAAUUCUUAAGAUGACUAUUAUAGAAGAAAUACAUGAUAUGUUUUUCCUGUUUGUGCAGCUGUGUUUGAGAAUGUGUUUCUCGCCAUAUUUGUCCCCGGAUUACUAUUGUGACAUUAGCAAAAACAUACAGUUAUGACAAUCUUAGCUUUGAUCUGUUGAGGGUUGGGUAGGAUUUCUCCAAGUAGCAUCUGUUUACUUGCCUCCACCUAAGGAGGAUUGUAUUAUAAACAAACUAGUUUGUUGUGCAAUGGGACCACUACACAGGGAACUUUACCAUGUCUUAUACUGUACCAUACUUACUCACGCUGUACGAAGGCAGAGCUACAGUCUUCACUGAAAUAGUGCUGCGACUCCAUGCUUUCUCCGCACAGAUUUUACAUGAUCAAAAAGAUGCAUAUCGAAGCAUGACCGUGUUGUUGAAUGUUCUGGUUUGUUGGUAGUGUUGUCAUUGGUGUGCGUGUGGGUGUAUGUGUGGACAUACAGUAAUGGAACUCCUAGCCAGUCUGAGUUGUUGGAUGUGAUGCGGUUGUGUUGUGUUGUUUGAACUCGCUGCAAAAACAGUGACAUCGACAGUGGUGUUGGUGUUCGUCAUAUUGAAAAGCACAGGCCAUCUUGAAUUGCGCUGAGUCACUCUGUUGCCUAUAGAGGAAGCAAGCCACUGUAUCUGAGAGUAGAGCAUCUGUGUCUUUUUGAGUGGACCACUGGAGCCAGUGAUCUGAUUUGAAUAUGGUGAACGGAACGAAAUAAUGGCUCGUCAUAUCAUGUUGUCACAACUGUAAAGUGUGUAAGAAGUGGUUGUGUAUCAGACAGAGGGGCAAGCACUACACAGGACUCCACGACCACCACAUACACACCCUGAUAGGACUGCUCGCUAUGCUGUUGGGCAUUUUAAGGAAUUACAGAUAAUUGCUCUACUGCAGUAUUCGAAAACAAGGCAUGCCAAGCGACAACACUUAUUGACAGUAUUCUGAAAUCCAAUGUUGUGUCCCAUCUAUCUCAGGCUUUUGUAGACAUGUGCAACCAAUGGAAGGCUGAAGUUCACAUCUUAGCCCCCCUCCUCACACCAUCUGCAGAUAGAUAGAUAGAUACUCAUGUGGCUAUUGACCUAUGCAAUCCUUGCUUCUUCCUGUAGACACCACUGUGCUGUUGUAAAGGUCUUGCCCUCCAGGUAGUUACAUUUGUUGUUGUAAAAAACAGAGAACCUUCAUGUUACCCUGUUGUUUUUGCAAAAAGUGAAAAAAGCUGUUGUUCUGGAUUCCUGUCCGUUUCUAUGACACCCAAUCCUGCGUCAGAGCUGUGAUUUUCUGUGUGCACAAAUCUAUUUUUGUGAGAUAAUUAAAGAAUUACAAAGAAAGGGAUGUCGAAUAAACAUAUUCAUGUGAAUGUA